CCUUUUGGUAAGAAUUUCAAAUAUAAUUUUCUACCCUAAGCUGUAAGGGCAAACACACUGUUUCUUACAGCUCAGUCUAUUUUUCAAAUGAACCAACCGCGGUGUCAGUGAGGCUAUUUCAGUUGGGGCUUUCCUCUGUUUGGACUCUCAGCCUAUGACAGUCUGAAAGAAAUUCAGUCGGACAUCACUGUGACAGUGCUUCAUGGCGGAUCAUCGCAGACGCCUUCGACUCGGUAGGAGGAAAGAAUGGCACCUAUCGACCUGCUGCAUCGAGGAAAGCUGUGUUAUGGUUUUCUAAUUUAGAAAUGGCCGACAAGUCCCUAACUGACAAGCUGUGCAAUGCCUCUGCCAGUGGAAAACUAUCUGAAGUAUUGCCUUUGCUGGAAAAUGGAGUAGAUGUCAAUGGAUUAAAUACAUACAACCGAACUGCACUGCAGGUGGUGAUGCUGGGGAACACCGCCGUGGCUGAGGCUCUUCUUCAGAAGGGCGCAAACCCCAACGUCAGAGACCCGGUCUGCGAACUCACCGUGAUCCACGACGCCGCGCGAGACGGAUUCGCGGAUACAGUGCGCGUGCUGAUCGACCACGGGGCAGACGCGAACCUCGUGGAUUGGAAAGGUAACCUACCGCUGCACCUGGCCGCCAGUAAGGGCCAUCUGGAGGUGGUCCAGCUGCUGAUUGGACGCACGGCGGACCCACGAAUGACCAACAACCAGGGAUUCACCGCCAGGGCGCUCGCGCAAGAGUGGAAGGAUACUGCCAAAUACAUCGACGAGUAUUUGAGGUCCAGUGAGUAUGUUCUAGUCUGCAUUGUAAGUUUUUUUUUUAGAAUGUUUUCUUAGUACAAUAGUUAAAUAUUUAGUACAAAAAACUGCGGUGGCAUCUUUACAUAAAAAUCCUCAAUUGCUGCAGCACAUGCGACAGACCCUAUAGUUUUUAAUAUGAACUUCAGUCCUGUAGGCCAAAUGCUGUUCCACGAUUAAAGAAUGUAAAUUACUCCACCACAAAAUAUACAUAAAUAAAUAAAAUAAUAACAGUAAUAAUAGCAAUGUAAUGUAAUAGAAAGCCAACGUGAUAAAUUGCACGGCAAUCUCAUUGUAUCCUAAUACAAUGACAAUAAAGCUUUCAGUUCUAUUCUAUUGCUUUACGGAGCUGACAAUUUGAUGGGUCAAGAAAUAUUGCUACGUAAUUUCUGUUAGUUGUUGUAUAAGCGUUAUGUUAGUUGAAAUUAGCAGUUCAGUGAGGAUAACAUGUCAAUAUUGUGUACAACAGAGAAGCAACAAUAACUCCAUCAGGUUUAGGGCCUACGUACGUCUGAGCUGAUGUUAGACCUGCUAUUAAACGCAUUGUGAUGAUUUCUUGUAGAUGACCACUGUUUCCAUAACUGUAUAUUAUUUACAGGCUUAUAUCUCCACAAAGCUUGAAAAUCUUAUUCCAUAGCCUAUGAUAAAUAAACACGAAUUUGUUUUGUGUUGUUUUAAACUAAACUUAACGAGAUCUUCGACGCCUUGCAAAUAUUCCACGACGCUGACCUUUCAGUCUGACUUUAAUCUCUACUACCCUGUAAUAUCAUGACACUUUGUUUGAAAGCCCCAUUUAUGUUGUGCGUCGGUGUGUCAUAAUGAAAAGGUACCGCUACAUUACAUGAAUCAUUUCGCAAUACCGUCCUUUGAAAGUGUGGUUAUGACCAUGCUUUCAUGUUUCCAUUUAUUGUUUUUUUUUUUUUGUUUAAUAAAGGUUGAGAGCUCUGAUUUCGCUCUAGUUUUGAGGCAGAAUCUGUUGUGUAAGCGGCAUAUUGAAAGUUUUAGCCUCGGUUAAAAAAAGUCUCUGCCAUCUUGAUGCUGCUUCUCCACUAUGCGCAGUGUGUGUGUGUGUGUGUUAUCUCUGUGUUUAAGCGUUAAAAUGUUAACGACUGGGCACGGGUGGUGUAGACACAUGGUUAGAAAUAGGGUUACUGCAAAACUGCAAUUGAACU